AUGUCCUCGAACACCGACAAUCUUGCAAGCCAGAUCCGCCGCAGUUUCGGUGACGAUCUAGACGACAGCCUCGUGUCCGAAUGCGUGAAGCUAUGUCAAGCAAACAAUCUGGAUGGAGAGAAUCUAUACUACAAGUGGGAGGCGGCGCGUUUCAACAGUGGCCCUCCUCGGCCUUUCACGAUCAAGGAGAUUCCUGAGCUCAAGGCUGAGAUCGUCAAAGGCCAGCGGAAAGAAACACCAGCGACGAAGAAGGUCGCGCGAGGCUUGCUGUCCGGCACACAGUCGAGGAAUUUUGCUGCCACCGUCGGAAGGGGAGGCAGGCCGAACUUGAGCGGUCAGGCGAGCACGCCUGUAAAGUCUGUGGUGCGUGCUCAGGACGGCUUCGAUUUGUCGCGUGUGGAGAAGAGGGUACCUGUUCCGGGGCCCAGCAGGGUGGCGUUCGUAGGCCCAUCUCAGGAAGAGGUUGCGCGUAAGAAGCGAGCUUACCAUUACAUGUACGAGAAAGUCUCGGAGCGCAGCGAAGUUUUGGACGACAGGAUAGACCAUAUCGGGGAACUCAUAAAGGACUACUACAAUGUCGAGGAGCUGGGUGAUCCUGCUGCAGUCACAGAGGAAGAAGUGAUUGUCGUCGGUCGAGUGGUGUUGGACGCAGAGUCCUCCGCCGGUUCAGUCAAGCUGAACGAGGCCUCUCUCAUGCUAGAGUCGUCGCGCAUGAUGGGCUCCGGCGCUCGGGUCCAACUUCGCUUCGACCCUAACGUGAAGGUGCGGAAGGGUAAACAAGGCUUAGGCGGUCAGGGUCUGUUCCCUGGAGCUAUUGUUGCGCUCAAGGGCAAGAAUGGAGGUGGUGGAGCAUUCCUGGCGACGGAGAUUCUAUCGCUCCCGCCUCUGGACCCUCCAGCGGCUGCCUUGAUCAAGUCUGAAACCGGAGAUACACAUUUCACCAUGCAUGUGGCCUGCGGACCCUUCACAUCCGACGGGGACCUGCAGUACCGCCCUCUCCAGACUCUGAUUGCCAAACUCAAGGCCGCGAAGCCUGCAGUUACUCUCCUUGUCGGUCCAUUCAUCGACGCAUCCCACCCGUCGAUCAAGAUCGGAGACGUCGACUCAACGCCCACUGAGACGUUUCGCACGGAGAUUGUCGACCGCCUUCGCGACUUCCUCGAGUCAUCGCCAGGCAGUAUCGUCCUGCUCCUGCCAAGCACACGCGACAUCGUCAGCGACCACGCAGUCUUCCCCCAGCCCGAGCUCAGCGGCAUGUUAUGCACCGACUCCCGCAUAUGCCUCCUUCCGAACCCCGCCCGCUUCACGGUGAACGGGCUGCACUUCGCAGCGAGUAGCGUCGACGUCCUCUUCCACCUGCGCAAGGAGGAAUUCUUCAAGCGCGCCGCCGAAAUCGAGCCUCUCGCCGGGCCUGCAGACCCGGAGGGCCAGGCUCCAUCAGACGGGAUGGCAAAUCUGUGCAGACACGUUCUGCAGCAGCGGAGCUUCUACCCGAUUUUCCCCGUCCCGCUCGACCUCGCGCACGAGAUCAAUCUGGACGUGACGCACUCGGAUCUGCUGCACUUGGUCCCGCAGGACGAGGACGCUGAGGACGCUGAGGGCGCGGUGGACCCCAGCAGGGCGCGGUGUGCGCCGGAUGUCCUGAUUGUGCCUAGUCGGCUCAAGCACUUCUCGAAGAUUGUGGAUAACACGGUGGCGAUCAAUCCGUCAUUUCUCACGAAGUCGACGUACGCGGUGCUAGAGUAUGCCGGCCACACGGCGCCUGGGCCUGCGAAGGAUAGGGUGAAGGUCGAGAUUAGUCGUAUAGGAGAAUUCUAAGGGCGUUGCAAGCACCCCCGAUUUUUCUUGCUGUGCAUCUUGGGAUAUUCAGCAUAUUGAUCGCCCUGUUAGCGUUGUUGCCACAUUGGGAUGUUCCGUCAGAUACGAUGUAGAUCAAUGUAGAUAGUAAGUGGAAUAAUUACAACCGCUGGGGAGCAG